GCGUGAAUGGGCUACCGGGGUCGAGCCCGGAAGUCAAAGCAAAAAUAGAGGAAGCCCCUACUGGGGCGGUAAUAAUAGCUGCAGCGAACCCACCACGCGUUACGGCUUACCAGAGCUUUUCUUAUUUUGUUUCGUGGGCCUCGCCACCUUCCUGGGAGGCAGAAGUGCUCUUUUUGUCUGUUUUGAAAAUGGGGAAACUGAAACCCAGAGGGAACUCACGUUCAAAUGGGAGAGGCAGUAGGCAACCAACCAUGUACAGACGAGAUAUAUGUACCGGAUAAAUUAGAGAUCAUCACAGAGGAGAGGCACCAGCUUUAAGGGGGACCAGGAAAGGCUUCUUGCAGAAGUUAUCCAUUGUUUUAGGAACUUUAGAAAAUGGCAGAAGCAGUCUUCCAUGCCCCAAAAAGGAAAAGAAGAGUUUAUGAGAGUUAUGAAUCACCAUUCCCCAUCCCUUUCUGUCAAGAAGUUAUGCUUCAAAGAGAUUUCAAAGUAUACCAUGCUGAAAUUAUCAACAAUAAUGUAAUUGUAAGGAAUGCAGAGGCUAUUAAACAGUUGUAUGGUAAGGGUUAUUUUGGAAAAGGCAUUCUAUCAAGAAGUAGACCAGACUUUAGUAUUUCAGAUCCUGUACUGGUUGCCAAAUGGAAAGAUACUACGUUGGGCAUGCCUAUACUUACAUCAAAGAGGUACCAGCGUGGUGUAACAUGGGCUGCAAAUCUCAUGCAAAGACAAGGGCAGGAAGAAAGUUCAGUCCACAAAAUUCUUGAGGAUUAUACAAAACCACUUGAAUUUCCUUUUGUGCAAAGAGAUAAAGGUCAACAAAACAAUGAAUUUAACCAUAAGUUAGAUCUAGAAAUAGAAAGGGUAGAACACAAAGCACAACUUUUAGUCCCAAAUGGAGAAUCUAUGAAGCUAGAUGUAGAAGAUCAGAACAAAAGCUCAAGCUCUGAGAACAUGGGCUCAAAGGAGUGUUCUGUAUAUGACCCAUUAAUUAACCAUGGUUCUGAUGAACAGAAGGCAAGGGACAGUGAUACUUUUAGUCAAACACACUAUCUCACACGUGGAGAUUUUGUCACACUGGACUGUCGGCCUGAAGAUGAUGUUGGACAGAAGCAUCUAAUGUCUGCUGCAGGUGGAGAAUGUGAUCAUGAGUAUGUGCUUGUUCAAGAAACAACAGAUUGUUUAGAUGGUGAAGAGAAAACAAUAGAUGAGAAAGUGGUCAAAAGAGAAAAGCUAGUGUGCAGAAGGAAUCCAUAUAGGAUCUUUGAAUACUUACAACUCAGCCUGGAAGAGGCAUUUUUCUUGGUCUAUGCUUUGGGGUGUUUAAAUAUUUACUAUGAGGAGGAGCCCUUAACAAUAUUGAAACUCUGGGAAGCGUUUCAUCUAGUUCAGCCAACGUUCAGAACAACAUAUAUGGCGUACCACUACUUCAGAAGUAAGGGAUGGGUGCCCAAAGUAGGACUCAAGUAUGGAACAGAUUUUCUGCUGUACCGAAAAGGCCCGUCUUUUUACCAUGCAAGUUAUUCUGUCAUUAUUGAGUUGGUUAAUGAAAGUUUUGAAGGAUCACUUCGAAGACCUUUCAGCUGGAAGUCAUUGGCUGGGUUAAACAGAAUUACAGCUAAUGUCUCUAAGGAGCUUAUGUUAUGCUAUUUGAUUAGACCAUCUAAUAUGACUGACAAUGAAAUGGAAUCACCAGAAUGUCUUAAAAGAAUUAAAGUUCAGGAAGUAAUCCUAAAUCGUUGGGUUUCUUCCCGGGAGCGAAGUGAUCAAGAGGAGAUUUAACACACAAGCCCAAAAUCCAAAUUCUUGAUUCUCACUAACAAGUAUUUCCAGAGCACCAAUUAUAUGCCCAGACCAGGGCAUAGUAAAAAUAAUCUUGUGAUCAUUCAUUAAAAAGUAAAAGCUGAAAA